GAAUCUCAUUUAAAGGGGUGGGGCAGUAGGCGGGAUCAGAAAGAGUACAAAGCUGCUACUGAUGGGGACUAUAGAGAGCAAGUUUUGCCAGCUAAUUGUCUCAGACAGUCUAGGCGAGGCCAUCAAAUUAUGGCAGAGCAACGAGGAGCUACAAAAGAUCAACGUUAACACUGGACUGAAGGGAUCCCGCAACAAGGACCCGCCAUUACACUGUCUCCUGAGACACGGGAACUAUCGCUCUGCUGACAUGAAGGGACUGUUACAAAUACUAUUAGACAAGGGGGCCAAUCCCAUCUCCCUUAACAGCAUGAGUGAGACUGCUCUACACAUACUCUGUUGCUCUCAGAGACAAGGUGCGAGGGAGAACAAGGCCAGAUGUGAUGUCCUGGAAAUCCUCUUACAGCGUCUUCCCAAUCCAGACACACGUACCAGUACUGCCACUGCUAAACAAGGAGGCACCAGGAAACUAACAAAAUGGCUUGGAAUGCAAGACUCGUCGCAAAACACAGCGCUUCACCUAGCAGCUGCUUCAGGGUUACUAGACUGUGUUGAGCUAUUGCUGGCCUAUGGUGCCCCACUCUUUGUGACUAACAUUGCAAAGAAGACAGCAAUGGAGUCUGCAGUGGAUGCCAAGCAGAUGAUAAUAGCUCAGUUCUUAGAGUCACAGAUGGUCAUUAACGAUGAAAAGGGUUCGUCUGGGGAUUUCAAAGAAGCCCUCCCUGUCAAACAGAAACUCCAAUCAUUCUAUAAUCCUGAUCAACUGAAGGCCAUGCAAGAAGAUUUAGUAAAGAAAGUUUCUGAAGAACUUAAAAUAGUACCUGAUGCUGCAAGAGCACUGCUCUCAUCUUAUAGUUGGUCACAGGAUCUGGUAACUGAUGCAUGGAAAAAGAACAAAUCUGAAGCUUGUGCAAAGGCUGGAUUGGACAUGGCACAUGUUCACAAUGCUAGUCAAGUUGCUGAGUCAAUAUCUCAGAAAUGCUGUGAGAUAUGCUACGAGGCGAUAUCUCUGAACGAGAGAACUGAAGUACCUUGUGGCCAUCACUUUUGCAGGGACUGCUGGGCAUCUUAUCUUGAAGUCUCUGUUAAAGAAGGUGGUGGUAAGGAUAUCUCUUGCCCUGGUCAUGACUGCUCUACACCGGUUCCUAUGGCUAUCAUUGCUAAACUGGUCUCAGAUGAACUCUACAGGAAAUAUUCGGACUUAAAUGUCCAGCAUUUUGUUGACAGCAGUAAGGAUUUCAAGUGGUGCCCUCACCCUAAUUGUAACCAGGCUGUGAUGAAAGGAGAAGUGAGAAAGGCUGCUCCCGAACUUGGCAAGCAGCACGGGAUUAAUGUGGAAUGCGGUAACGGACACGGUUUCUGUUGGAACUGUAAUAAACACGCCCACGAGCCGUGUGAGUGCGAGGUCUGGGCCAAGUGGCUUAGUGAAAUAUCAAGAAUGGCAGCUGAUGCUAACCUUGAUAUGUCCAAGAUAGCGGAACAGGCUGAAGCUGACGCUCAGUGGAUCAUUAACAAUACUAAACCUUGUCCCAGCUGCAGCUGCCCUAUACAGAAGACUGAGGGAUGCAAUCACAUGACAUGUAGAAAAUGCUAUCAUGAUUUUUGCUGGGUCUGUCUCGAUCCAUGGGGGGAUCACAGUUACAGGACCGGAGGGUAUUUCUCUUGCAAUCGCUACAUAGCCCAGAGGAGGGCCAGUGGAAGGGUUAAUGAAGCACGCAGUAACAUGGCUAAGCAGUAUCGUAAGACAGCUACCGAAGAUGCUAAAAGACAGUUAGAAAAGUUCACUCAUUAUCAUGAUCGCUAUAUGAAUCAUCUCCAUGCCAUACAGAUUGAGUGCCAGAUUCUAGCCAUGUCUCAGGCCAAGACUAGAUCAUUAAUGUCGAUGAGGAAAGUAGUGGAGAAGAAAGUUGCCAGUAAAAGGCAGUCCCACGAUGACAUCAAAGCCAGCUUAAGACCAGGUUUUAAGAUAGCUCCACCUUCGGCUAAAGACAUCAAUCCUGACGACGCAGAGAACUUUCUAGAAGGAGUCGUUCGUGUGUUGCUUCAUUCUCGCCGGAUUUUAUCAGCGUCAUAUGGUAUUGGGUUUCUGAUUCCUGACGAGAAGAAAGAAGUGCGGGAGGCACACGAAACUUUACAAGGAAAACUAGAGGAAGUUGUCGAGAGUUUGGCACAAAUGGUCAACCGGUCUUACUUGAACACGCCGAGAGCAGAGAUGGCAUCCCGUGCUCGUGACGUUGACUUUAUAUGUCAAGAAUUCAUUGAAGUGAUGAGAGAAGUGGUGCUUAGCGGACUUAGAGAGGAACCGCCCCCUCCACGCCCACCACGUCCCCCUACUCCGGAGGAGGUUGAAAUUGAGAUUGACCCGUUGAUCCUGUUUGCUCACCUUGCUAUGAGGAAUGAUCCUCAAUUUAGGGAAAUAUUCAAUCGUCUUAUGGCAGAGAACGAUGAUGAUGAUGAUGCUUAGCACUAACUGUAUAUGAAAGGCAGAAAAGAGGAGACUAAUGUAUUUUAGCUAUUAACGUUCAACUAUUUCAUAUUAUUGUUAUCAUUAUUGUUGUUGUUAUUGUCGUUAUUAUUGAUUGCUUUCUAGCUGUUUAUAAUGAUGAAUUAUUAUUAUUAUUAAAGUUA